CGCGUCUCGGUUUCUAGGCGGAAAGAAAGUAGUGCCCGCAACCCCCACCCACUUUGGGGAGGGAACCCGUCUCGCCUGCCGAUGAAGGACUAAGCCCCUUGGCGGGGGUGCAGAAAAUGUCAUGCAGCCCGAAGGCUGCCGCGAUGAGGGGAAGGGGACGGCUGGAUGGGAAGCCUCUCGGCUCUUGCAAGUCAGGUGGGCAAGCUAGGCCUGUAAAGCUCCAUGUUUAUUACCCUGUGUGCCCCCCCCAACCACUCAUUUUUCCUUAUUCCCCCACCCCCGCCUUGCCCCUCUUUGCCCAGGUCGGAGGUGGGUUUCCAGUCAGGUGCGCUGAGGCUGCUCGCCAUGUCACGGUCCGGGGACAGGACGUCUACCUUCGACCCCAGCCAUAGCGACAAUCUGCUUCACGGCCUCAACCUGCUGUGGAGGAAGCAGCUCUUUUGCGACGUGACCCUGACGGCCCAAGGCCAACAGUUCCAUUGCCACAAGGCCGUGCUGGCCUCCUGCUCCCAAUACUUCCGAUCGCUCUUCUCCAGCACCGCCGGUGGAGGAGGCGGGGGAGGCGGCGGCGGGGGGGGGAGCGGGGUUAAUCACCCCUUGGGCGUUGGACCAGGAGCUCAGGACGGCCUGCUUCCGAAGGAGCAGCAGCAGGAGGAGCCCGGCACGCCCUCCUCCUCUCCGGAGGACAAGCUCUUGACCAGCCCUAGGGCCAUCAACAACCUGGUGUUGCAAGGCUGCUCGUCGAUCGGACUGCGACUGGUGCUCGAAUACCUGUAUACAGCCAACGUGACCCUCUCUCUGGAUACGGUGGAGGAGGUCUUGUCGGUCAGCAAGAUCCUGCACAUCCCGCAGGUCACCAAGCUGUGCGUUCAGUUCCUCAACGACCAGAUUUCAGUUCAGAACUACAAGCAAGUGUGCAAGAUUGCAGCCUUACACGGCCUCGAAGAGACCAAGAAACUGGCCAACAAGUACCUCGUGGAGGACGUGCUGCUGCUCAACUUCGAAGAGAUGCGCGCCCUGCUAGACUCGUUGCCUCCCCCGGUAGAAUCGGAGCUGGCGCUCUUCCAGAUGUCCGUCCUGUGGCUGGAGCACGAUCGGGAGACCCGCAUGCAGUACGCCCCGGACCUCAUGAAGCGCCUACGCUUUGCCCUCAUCCCGGCUCCAGAGCUUGUCGAGCGGGUCCAGUCGGUGGAUUUCAUGCGUACCGACCCGGUCUGCCAGAAGCUACUUCUGGACGCCAUGAACUACCACCUGAUGCCUUUCAGGCAGCACUGCAGACAAAGUCUGGCCAGCAGAAUUCGUUCCAACAAGAAAAUGCUUUUAUUGGUUGGAGGGCUGCCUCCUGGACCUGACCGGCUUCCCAGCAAUUUGGUUCAGUAUUACGAUGAUGAAAAGAAGACAUGGAAAAUACUGACAAUUAUGCCAUACAAUAGUGCCCAUCACUGUGUUGUGGAAGUAGAAAAUUUCUUGUUCGUUCUGGGAGGAGAAGAUCAGUGGAAUCCUAAUGGCAAACACAGUACAAACUUCGUCAGUCGGUAUGAUCCUAGGUUUAACAGCUGGAUUCAACUUCCACCUAUGCAAGAAAGGAGAGCUAGUUUUUAUGCAUGUCGCCUUGAUAAGAACUUGUACGUGAUUGGCGGGAGAAAUGAAACUGGCUACUUGUCAAGUGUGGAAUGCUAUAAUUUAGAGACAAAUGAGUGGCGUUAUGUAUCUUCCCUACCACAGCCUUUGGCAGCACAUGCAGGAGCUGUACAUAAUGGAAAAAUCUAUAUUUCAGGUGGUGUCCAUAAUGGUGAAUAUGUUCCCUGGCUCUAUUGCUAUGACCCUAUAAUGGAUGUCUGGGCUAGAAAACAAGAUAUGAACACAAAAAGAGCUAUUCACACGCUGGCCGUAAUGAAUGACCGACUGUAUGCAAUUGGAGGAAACCAUUUGAAAGGUUUUUCUCACCUUGAUGUCAUGCUUGUGGAAUGUUAUGACCCAAAGGGCGACCAAUGGAAUAUUUUGCAAACUCCUAUUUUAGAGGGUCGAAGUGGUCCUGGAUGUGCAGUUCUUGAUGACAGCAUAUACCUUGUUGGAGGCUACAGCUGGAGUAUGGGAGCCUACAAAUCUUCUACUAUUUGUUAUAGUCCUGAGAAAGGAUCCUGGACAGAGCUCGAAGGAGAUGUAGCUGAGCCACUUGCAGGUCCUGCUUGCUCUACUGUCAUACUUCCUGCGUGUGUGCCGUACAACAAAUAAGUCCUGGAAGUGUAGAAGAGGACAUUGAUGCAUUCAGGAAAGGAAUGAUGGGAGACGUAAUGAUUUUAAAGAACAGUUCUUUGGACCACAGAUCACAAGAUCCUACUCCUACACCUGCAUUUAUGAUUUUUUUAAAAAGACUAAGCAAAUUCCCAUCUCAGAUGAAUUGGUAUCUUGUCAGACAAGUAGGUUAGACGCAUGGAACACUGCACAUGUUGACAGAUGGCCAUUUCAGAUUGAUAUUUUCCCUGCUGCAGACCCAUAUACUGAUACUAAAUUUAAAGAAAAUGAACAAGAACAUUACUGUGCAUUCUGUUUUACUGCAUGGGAUCUGUGUUGAAGUAACAAUGAUAGUCCACUUGUAAUUCAAAAUUGUAGUGCUGAAAAGCACUGAAUCGUAGAAUGGUCUGCUCCAUUACAGUUAUAAUCCAUGACUGCUUUACAUACUCUGCAAGCAACAAACUUCAGAAGAAAACUCAGAGGUAAUAAUGUAAUGCUUCUAUUGAAAACAAAUUGGUUGUUCUGAUGUACACUCUGCCCUAAUAUUCUCCUCAUUAAGAAUUGCAAAAAUGUUACGGUAGCUUUCAGGAUCUGUGCCAAUCUUUAAUGUUAUUUGCAAGAGUAUAAAUCCAAAAUAAUUACUGCAAAAGUUCACAGAUUCUGGUUAUCCUCCUUUCCACAGCAUAUAAGCAUGUACUGUUUAGAGUGUCUUUUAAAAGUUUUGAUUAAUGUUUAAAAUCUGAUAAUUACGAAUGCCAUUUUGCAAAAAUGGUAAAUAUUCUUUACUUUUCAUUUCUAAGGACAAAAUUCAAGCGCAGUACUUUUAUAACAUGAGGAUUUUGUGAUAUACAAUAUUAGCAAAGAUUGGCAAAUUUCCUAAUUGUUUAAUAUUGAUAUUAAUAUAAACUACUCCGAUGCUAGAGUAAAAAAAAAUGCAGGCCUAACUCAGAGCUAACAUACUAGGAUAUGUUCUCGACUAAAUCCAAAUACAGGUGGUCCUCAACUUAUGACGGCAAUUGAGCCCAAAAUUUCUGCUACUAAGUGAGAAC